AUGAGCGACCGCGAUAAAUGCAAGACAGCAUUUUCGACACCGUAUGGACAUUACGAGUUCAAUCGAAUGCCGUUCGGGCUAAAGAACGCACCGGCGACAUUUCAACGGGCAAUGAACUCAAUCCUCGCAGGCAUUCAAGGUAUCAGAUGUCUUGUCUAUUUGGACGAUAUAGUUAUAUAUGGUCCCAGUUUGCAGGAACAUAACCGCCGAUUAAUAGAAGUACUAAAUCGACUACGCGAACAUAAUUUAAAAUUGCAGUCUAAUAAAUGUGAAUUUCUGCGCAAGGAAGUUACAUAUUUGGGACAUAUAAUAACGGAAGACGGAAUAAAACCUGAUCCCGAAAAACUUCGAGCCGUAAGAGAAUUCCCGGUACCCAAAAAGGUUAAAGACAUACAAUCAUUCCUAGGGUUAGCCGGGUAUUACCGCAAAUUCAUAGAAAAUUUUUCAAAAAUAGCAAAACCACUUACAAAGUUAACGCGAAAAAAUGAGCAUUUUUGCUGGACCGAGGAACAACAACGCGCAUUCGAUAUCUUAAAGGAAAAACUAAUUACGGCACCGGUUCUGAGUUACCCGGAGUUCUCGCAGCAGUUCACGGUCAUUACCGAUGCGUCGGAUUACGCCAUCGGAGCCGUGCUAUCACAGGGAACCUUGGGGCAAGACCGGCCAAUUGCAUACGCUAGCAGAAUUCUGAACAAGGCCGAACAAAAUUAUAACACGACCGAGAAAGAAUUGCUGGCAAUAGUAUGGGCCGUAAAAUAUUUUCGCCCAUACGUAUACGGUACUAAAUUUAAAAUAGUAACCGAUCACAAACCAUUAAUUUGGUUAUUUAGCGUAAAUGACCCGGGAUCGCGACUGAUAAGGUGGAGACUCAAGUUAGAAGAAUAUGAUUACGAGAUCAUCCAUCGCGCAGGUAAGGGGAAUACAAAUGCCGAUGCACUCAGCCGAAAUCCGAUCCCGGACGACAACGCUAUAAUUAGUAACGUGAAUUGCGAAAAGUACGAGUAUAGUGAAGAUGAAAAGAGACAGAUACUACACGAAUAUCAUGACGCUCCGCUGGGGGGACACCAAGGGGUGACUCGCUCAUUAAACCGCAUCAGGUUAACACACGAAUGGCCUGGGAUAACCAGAGACGUAGAGAAUUACAUCUCGAAAUGCGAGUUCUGCCAGAAAAAUAAACUGAGCAGAAGAACUAAAAUGCCAUUGGUCGUCACGGAUACGGCGACCAAGCCAUUUGAAAAAUGUGCACUGGAUAUAGUAGGGCCGCUUACUAUCACAGAGAAUGGCAACAAAUACCUGCUCACGUUUCAGGACGAUCUCACGAAAUUUAGCAAAGCCGUCCCGAUCGCGAAUCAGGAGGCUGCCACGGUAGCCAAAAAAUUCGUCACCAACAUAAUAUGCGAAUAUGGCACACCGGAAACAGUGCUGACAGACCAGGGAACAAACUUCCUGAGCGAAAUUUUUAAAAACGUCUGUAAACUAUUAAAGAUCAAAAAGAUCCAGACAACGGCCUAUCAUCCAGAGAGUAACGGCGCGUUGGAGAGAUCACACCGAACGUUAGCAGAAUAUCUCCGUCAUUACAUCGACGAAGAUCAAACAAAUUGGGACGAGUGGAUACCGUAUGCAAUGUUUACUUAUAAUACAACGCCACAUACCGCCACUUCAUUUACCCCGUUCGAACUAGUCUACGGGCACCAAGCGACGCUACCUACAGCCCUGACGCUACCACCGAAGCCUCGGUAUUCGUACGACGAUUACGCGCACGAGCUUAGAGAGCGAUUACGGGCGACGCAUCAAGUCGCAAAACAAUGUUCGGAACAGGCAAAAAUUAAAGCGAAAGACUAUGCCGACAAAACAGUUAAACUUCGCACGUUUAACGUAGGAGACUUAGUACUAUUACAUGACGAGACGCUACGACGAGGACGCUCGAAAAAAUUAGAAGCCCCCUGGGUGGGCCCGUAUCGUGUGGUAGAAAAAAUCUCCGACAUCAACUAUAGAAUUCAAGUUAAACGCAAGAUAAUUCUUGUUCACGCAAAUAGAUUAAAAUUAUUUAUAGAAAAUUAA